AUGUUCUUCUCAGGGUCCGACUUCGAUGCCAUGACCCCGAGGGCGGGCCUUCCUGUCGCCAAGGACGACAGCAGUAACACAGCCAUCCUGAUUGGCUGCCUGGUGGGCAUCAUCCUGCUGCUAUUAGCUGUGAUCGCUGUCAUUCUGUGGAGGCAAUACUGGAAGAAGAUACUGGGCAAGGCCCAGGGCAGUCUGUCCAGUGACGAGUUGCGUGUCCAUCUGUCUGUCCCCUCGGACAACGUGGUGAUCAACAACACACACAGCUACUCCAGCCGCUACCAGCGUAUACACACAUUCCCUGACGACAGGGACAGGGAGCGCUGCGACGGAGAGGGAGAGUACCAGGAGCCCAGCGCACUGAUCAGACCACGAGACCACACCGGACGAGACAGCAACGCCUUGCUGUUAAACAACCCAGCCUAUGACCUCCUCCUGUCAGAUCAGAGGCAGCAUGGCUCAGGCUCCUCGUGGCCCCUAACCGUCCCUAUGGCCAGGGCCAGCUCCUCCCACCCUCAGGAGAAGAGCCUCAAUAAUGGGGCCCAGGCCUGUGGUAUGGACUUGGAGAAGGGCUUGCCCCCCACCCAGGAGGAGCCUCCCCCGUACCCCGAUGCUCCUCCCUACCCGGCCCUGUCUCCCCCCUUCCCCGCCAGCGUACCCCACUAUGCAGAGGCGGACAUCGUUAGCCUGCAGGGCGUCAGUGGUAACAACACGUAUGCAGUGCCAGCCCUGACCUCCCCCAGCCCCACUGCAGCAGACUGCACCCCCCUGCCUGAACUGCCCCGACACUGUCUGGUCUUCAAGGAGAAACUGGGAGAAGGACAGUUUGGAGAGGUGCACCUGUGUGAGAUAGAGAGCCCUCAGGACCUGCCUAACCUGGAGUUCCCUUUCAACGUGAGGAAAGGUCGCCCUCUGCUGGUGGCUGUUAAGAUACUGCGCCCUGACGCCUCCAAGAAUGCCAGGAAUGACUUCCUAAAGGAGGGGAAGAUUCUGUCUCGUCUGAAGGACCCCAACAUCAUCCGUCUGUUGGGAGUGUGUGUGAGCAGCGACCCUCUCUGUAUGGUCACAGAGUACAUGGAGAGUGGAGACCUCAACCAGUACCUCUCACACAGAGUCCUGCUGGACAAGACCGGACCCACACACAACACCCCCACCAUCAGUUACCCUGCUCUGAUCGCCAUGGCCAGUCAGAUAGCUUCAGGGAUGAAGUUUCUGUCGUCUCUGAACUUCGUGCACCGUGACCUGGCCACAAGAAACUGCCUGGUGGGGGGUGAGAAGGGCGAGAGCGGGGGCGACCGGGGUGGGGAGCGACCCAUCAAGAUCGCCGACUUUGGGAUGAGCAGAAACCUGUACGCUGGAGACUACUACCGCAUCCAGGGGCGGGCCGUGCUGCCUAUACGAUGGAUGGCCUGGGAGUGUAUACUGAUGGGGAAGUUCACCACAGCCAGUGACGUGUGGGCGUUUGGUGUGACUCUGUGGGAGAUGCUGAGUGUGUGUCAGGAGCAACCCUACUCCAACCUGACUGAUGAACAGGUCAUAGACAAUGCCGGAGAGUUCUUCAGGGACCACGGAAGACAGGUGUAUCUGAGCAGGCCAGAUGUGUGUCCUCAGGGUCUCUACGACCUCAUGCUGAGCUGCUGGAACCGGGACUGCAAGCUCCGCCCAUCAUUUGCCCACAUUCACUCCUUCCUCACAGAGGAUGCCAUGAACAUGGUGUAGAGAGAGAGAGAGAGAGAGAGGAAGAGUGAGAUGGAGAGAGAAGGAUGAGAGACGGCUCCUCCUACCUUCAUUCAUCAUAGAGAUGAGUGCUUUGAGCGAGGGAUGUGUGUAGAAGUGGUGGAGGUGUAGAGGGACGGGUGCCUGCUUGUAUAUUUUGUAUUUCUCUAUGAUGGGCGGAUGGGGCUGAGACACCGCUGGUUCGGUUUUCACUCCCACAAGACAGACCCCAACCCAAACCCAUUUCACCCCCCUGAGUAGUCUCUAGAUUGUGUUGUGUUACAUUCUUAUCAAGACAAUGGUUGGUGCGGUGAUGGGUUGGUGUCUGAUUCUGCAUAGUGCUUCCAGGACCACCAAUGGUCCGUCAAUGGACUGCUAGCUAACACAGGGAAGCUGUAAGACAUGUAUGGGGAGGUGAUGUGACAAUGCUUGAUCAUGUAGAUGAAGCUCAAAUGAAUGUGUAACGCUGAUUAACGUUUAUCAAAGAAUAUCAACAAUACCAAUCUGAUUAUGUAUCAAUGUCAGACUUUAAUACUCUGACACUCAUAGUUUAAUAGCAUAUUAACAUUUUGGGAUAAACUUAAUAACACAUCGUCCUAUAUAGAUAUUUUAUUACUUGACCUGCUAAUGUUUUUGGUAUUGUAUAAAUCAUGUGCUAGGGUUACUGGUGAAGGUCUAUAUAUAUUCUCAUACUGUCAACAUUUCUCCAUCUCAAAACGGUACGCACACAUUUUUCACACAGAGAUGAAAUUGCACACAAGGUUUGCUGUCUUAGUACCAUAUAUAAAACAAGUAUGUCCCAGUAAACUCCAGUAUGUUUCACUAGUUUUCAGUAUAUAACCCAGUUCUUCCCAGACCCUUAUUCCCAGCUCCAAACCCUCCAUCCCAGACCCCAGUCUAAGGUUCAGUCUCUAGUCUCAUGGAGCCAGACGAGUCUGGCUGAAUAUUGCAUUAUAUUCCUCUGGCCUACCCGUUACAACUUAGCAUCAUUCUGCUUGCCAGACUUUAAAGCUAUCUCAUACACAGGCCAGUAGCAGACACAGCAACAGCUGUUCCACCAGCAGUCUGUAACACCAGGCAUUAGACAGACACACUAACAAUGCUGUCAGUCAGUCAGCUCCUCAGCCCAGACUUGGCUGGCAUUGUGACUAUAGUCUGCCACAUUCUGCCUCCCACUCCAUCCAACUCAGUAUCUCACCAAUCCGUAAGCCUUUCAUUCUGCAGUGUCACUCAUAUCUCUCAACUGAUCCACUCUGAGCUGUAACGAUGGAGUUAUACUGGACUGAUGUGAACUGAUCUGGACUCGAGGACUCUUUCCAGGACAGGAAGUGUGUGGUUGUUACUCUACCAGACCUCCAAACUGAAACCCUUUGGCCCUCCGGAGCCAGAGAGAACUGACUGGUGUCAUGUGACGUGAGCCUCACUGACUGAGAGAACAGGUACAGUAGGGGAGGUGCACUGUGAACGGCUACAGCCUAUGAGAUUUGAACUUAACAGAAGAGAGACAUCCUUCCUGAUGGGAGCUGGAAUAGUACAGCCCACAGCAACACAGACAACACUGCCUGUGCUGUGACAUCACAUGUGAAACUGACAGUUGUGAUUGGUGACUAGCUGAUGGAACAGCAUAACAUGGAUGGACAGAUGGAUGGACGACUAGAGGGGAGUGGGGGCUGAUAUAUGUAAAUGACCAUUUUCAUGUGUAAGUGAGGUGAGCGAUGUGAUGAUUUUCUACCAGCGAUGGAUAGCGGAGCUGGGUCUGACUCAGUGACCCAGAUGCAGAAAGGAGGUUCAUGUAUAUGUCCAAUACACUACCAGCUGCACUUUAAAGGCUGUUUCUGGCCGCACGCCCCAAUACCUGCACUAGAAUAGUAGAGUCGUGGCCAGUCUUGGGGCGUAGUUACAGUACUUGUAGUUUAACAACUAAUUAACGACACUUUCAGAGUAGCUCCCCCAACACUGGUAUGUAUCAUGUUACUAUACGAGUAUCAUGGUGGUGUGCUAGUCUGGAUGUUGGAGCAUACAGACGGUCUGUAUCCCCUGGCGUUAGAACCGAUAGCAGUCCAACAUGGCAUUGCUGGUAAAAAUAGAUGUAGGUCUAAACAGAAAAACAGGUCAGUGUCUUGUGAUUUAUCUACUUAAAGAUGAUCAUUUAUUCAUGAUUCAUAUCAGUGGAUUGUUGUUCAAAUAGAACUGCCUCAUAAUGUUCUCAAGGAGGAAAAUAAAGGUUUGGAAAACCUCUGUCUGCAUUAUGAGGAAAGGCAGAGUACACCAAAUGCUCAUCCCCAAACUGUCUGCCAGUGUUACAUAGAUACCCAUCAGACCUAAUGGUUAAAACGUCCCAAUCACAAAGAACCUAACACUCAUGAGAAGAGGAGCACUAACAACUGUAUCCAAAGCCUUUUAGUUUGUCAGUAACCUUUCAUCUACAUUAUCCCAACAUAAGCUGACCAUGGUGGACUCUGCCUUACUCAUUGUAGUUCUGUAUAAUGUGUCAGGUUUGAUCAAGAUGAUCAAGUAAUCCUGGUUUACUGAUUGAAUGAGUUUGAAUGGUGGUGCCAUAUGAAUACAGUAUGUGUCUCGAUUGACCUUUUUUGAUACACUGUAGCCCAACUAAACCCAUAUUUAUAUAUAUAUAUUUCCUGUAUACGUACUUAGAAUCUCCUUGUUGUCAGUGAUGUCAUCCUUUGUCUUUGAAGCUGAUGUGUACAUAUUUUAAGGACAGAAUUUUUAUUUUGUUGACUAAUAUAUGGAAUUUCUUUGUUACAGUUGGGGUCUCCUCUUUUUGUUCCUUUGUAGAAAGCUUGCUAUCUUACCUUGAUGCCAUUGUAAUUCACUGUGUUGUCUAUUUUUGUAGUUUUAAUAAAGUUAAUCUUUCCAAAUAAAGCAA